CUAUGUGCAGUCACGCACGCACCUCCCUAAAGUUACUCCCGAAGAUGCUCACCUUUCCGCUUCAGAGUAUACCCAAGACCAUGGCAUUCUCUUCAGUCAAAGCCUAUAGUCAAGCUCAGGGCUCCUAGCUGUUCAGCCUGCUGCGGUGACUGAGGAGCUGUACAGGUGCGGCUUGGGUACGAUCGAGUAGCAAAGUCGUCGCUGCGUGACCCCAGCGAUGACCUCUUCCCUCCUCUCUCCUACCACUCCACCUUGCUACGGCGUCUACCUCCUCCGCUCCUACAAGUCGUCCUCCCCCACUCCUCCCUUUCCACCCAGAGCGACUCAAUCCACCUACAUAGGCUCUACUCCUCGCCCGCCCACUCGCAAGAGACAGCACAAUGGCGAGCUCACACAGGGAGCCUACCGUACGCGUAACGGAAGACCAUGGGAGAUGGAGAUGCUCGUGUAUGGAUUCGGGAGCAAGAUUGCCGCGCUGCAAUUCGAGUGGGCAUGGCAGAAGGCCAGCUUGAGUAGACAUCUCAGACAGACUGUCGCGGUGCCGAUCUCUGGAAUGGGGAGCUCGACACCAGGCACGGGGCUGGGGACCACGACCAUGGCUACCAGGCCCAUCUUCCCGCGACAGGGCAAAGGGAGGGGCACUUAUCGCCCUCCCUCUCAGCAGAUCCUCGUACUACGCUGUCUGCUGCGCUCAGAACCCUUCUGUCACUGGGGACUUCGACUGGCCUUCUUCGCCGAGUGGGUCUGGGCUGCUUGGGAAAAAGCGCAGAGCGAGUCUGCCGCUAUUGCUAGCAGCAGUGCGCCUCUUGCGAGGAGGAGCGGGCGAGUGCUGCCUGCUCAGGAGAACAGCCCAGCCAUUAGGUGUGACUUCAGGGGUGUAGAUGGCAAGAGAAGACCAUUGCUGGACUACUCUGAGGAGGAACGGAAGCUCGUAGGGAUCAAGCAAAGUGACGCCAUCAAAGCUACGGCUAAAAAGAAGGUUGCACCAUCUGCAGCGCCAGCCGUAGGUGCUGCUACGGACGCCGAACAUCACUGGCAUGAGGUCUUGCCCGCAAGCGCCACUGUCAAAGGCAUGGGUAUGACGUGGGAUCGGCUAGAGAGGGACGUACCCACAGUACCGCCUAUGACUGUCUCUCAGCCGAACGAAGAAGGAGACUUGCAGCGUUCCUGGCCUCCCAGAAUGGUGUUCGACGAUGUGGACCUCGCCUAUCUAUCCCUCCACCGCUUCCUGCACGUCCUCUCUUCCCACCAAGCCAGAGCAGACGAUCUCCUCCCUUCUCCCACCUCUACGACUUCAGAUUUAUCGAUACCCUGCUCGUCAUGUCAGACUCCCAUCGACCUAGUUGAAGCAGACCCAGCAACCUACACCACCUGUCCAGCACCCUACCGUGCUCUUCACUCCCAGCCUCUCUCACAAGCACGUCCAAGAAGCGCUACAGAAGCGAGGCAAGCAGACGAGCGGGCGUCCUGUACCUCCCUCUUCCACCUGAGAUGUCUAGCAAAAGAAUGGCUGAGCGCCGAGGAACGGGAACAAGAACAGCAGGAGCCUUCGGCCAGCAGCUCGAGGCUCGGUGCAGCUGAGCAUCUCCUGCCUCUCAAAGGAAGCUGCCCUUGUCCGACCUGUCGCAGCAAGACAAGCUCCAGCUCCACCUCGCAUAGCACAGCUGGAGCACAGCAGGAAGGUCUUUGGGCAGAUGUGGUGCGCGCUGCCUACCGUCGCAGGGAAUGGGUGCAAUCCUCACGCCUACGGGUGCGAGCUGCACUCGCCCUCAAGGAGGAGAUGACUGCGCUUGACGAUGCGGAGGGCGUCGAAGAAGCAGAGCGGGAGCUGCAUAUAGCUUGGGACCUCGAUAGAGUCCUGCUUAGAGGCGUCGGCGCCGCGAGAAAGAAGCGAAGGCGGAAAGUGGCGAAUUCGAAGGGCACAGCAGCGCACGAGGAGGAUCCUUCUGAGCUGGAGGAAGACGAGGAUGCGAGCGAGGAAGAAGACGAGGAAGAGAGCGGCGAGCUCGAUCUCCUUUCACGGCUGGACCGACUUGUCGCCUCUCCCACACGAGGCAAGAAGGCUGCCGCCAAGAAGAGCCCUUCUGCCUCACCUAGAAAGAAGGUGACUUCUCCUCGCCAAAAGUCAGUGGGUACAAAGGGGGACAGCAAGAGCCAGAGCAAGAGCAAGACUGGCUCUCCCAGGAAGAGCAGCGUGUCCGCCAAUGCUACGAAGAAGAAUAAGAAGGAGAAGAGUGCUAGACCCGCCAGCAAGAGGGGUUCCUCCCCUGCCUCCUCCUCCUCAGUCAGUCCUCGCAAACCUGCAAGCGCGACAAAACGCAAGAUGCGAGCCUCUCCUGAUCCUGAUCUGAGCGAUCCGAGUACGGUGGACCUUGCAGAGGCCACGGGUUGGAUCCGAGAAGCGCUUACAGGCGCAGGAAAAGAAGGAGAAGUAGAUGGACCCAGCCGCAAUGCAGAGAGCAGUUUGGCACCGCCAGCACCAGCUCAAGUCCCAGCGCGUCCUCGUGCACGGGCGAAAGCGGCUGUCAAGGCUAUGCCGGUGGUCAAGGGCAAGAGGAAAGUACAGCACGUCGCUGACACUACCGCUGACACUACCGCUGCCGCUACCGCUGCUGCUGCGAAUGGCGGAGGAGCUGGUGGAACAAGUGGCGGUAGGGGAGAUGUAGCACGAAGCACAAGUGGUCGACAGGUAGAGAUCAUCGAUCUCAGUGACUAGGUAGGUAGACCGCUCGGCAGACAGAGCAUCAUAGGAGGACGGGGAGCGGAAUCGCAUUGUAUUUGCAUCUGUAUCUAUUCUGUACAUCUACAUCUCGACUAAAUCAAUAAUCUUGCAAUGCGUCCAGUAU